ACUUGACAUGGAGCGAAAACCUUGCUACCAAACCAAUUACUUUACAGAAAGUGUUGGAAUUUUAGGCGGGGGCGUCGGCGUCAACUUCACAACUCACACUAUUCUUGAUUCUUCCUAUAUUUGCUGUUCGCUGCUCUGCAAACUGAUCGAAGGAGAGGAAGAAGUGACGUCGUUUCUGAAGAAAUCCCUAACUCACAUUAAUCAAAAUUUUUAACUUUUUGCUUAAUUUCAACGAAACGUAUAUUUUCCAUUACAAAGAGAUCCGGUAAAAGUGGGAAAAAAAAUAAUUACCAAAAUGGCAAUGGCUGGUUUGUAUAGACGAAUGCUUCCUUCUCCUCCUGCAAUUGAUUUCGCAUCAUCAGAAGGAAAGCAACUUUUCGUGGAGGCUAUUCAGGGUGGGACAAUGGAAGGUUUUUAUAAGUUGAUUUCUUACUUUCAGACUCAAUCAGAGCCAGCAUAUUGUGGAUUGGCUAGCCUUUCCAUGGUGUUGAAUGCCCUUGCCAUUGACCCUGGGAGAAAAUGGAAGGGACCUUGGAGGUGGUUCGAUGAAUCUAUGUUAGACUGUUGCGAACCUCUGGAAAAGGUUAAAGAGAAAGGCAUAUCUUUUGGGAAGGUUGUUUGUUUGGCACACUGUGCAGGUGCAAAAGUUGAAGCUUUCCGCACAAAUCAAAGCACCAUUGAUGACUUCCGAAAGUAUUUAAUGAGAUGCACUUCUUCUGAUGAUUGCCAUGUCAUCUCAUCAUACCACAGAGGGAUUUUUAAACAGACAGGAACAGGUCAUUUUUCACCUAUUGGUGGUUAUCAUGCUGGAAAGGACAUGGCACUGAUUUUAGAUGUUGCGCGUUUUAAGUAUCCUCCACAUUGGGUUCCACUUUCACUGCUUUGGGAAGCCAUGAAUAGUGUUGAUAUAACAACUGGACAACACAGAGGUUUCAUGCUCAUAUCAAGGCCUCAUAGAGAGCCAGGACUUCUCUAUACGUUGAGUUGUAAGCAUGAAAGUUGGAUAAGUGUUGCCAAGUAUUUAAUGGAAGAUGUUCCUAAUCUUAUGAAAUCAAAAGAUUUUAAGGACAUUGAGAAUGUUCUCUCUGUUGUUUUUGCAUCACUCCCACCAAACUUUGGAGAGUUUAUAAAGCGGGUUGCUGAAGUCCGGAGGCAAGAGGACGGUGAUAACAGACUAAGCCAAGAGGAGAAAGGAAGGCUUGCUGUUAAGGAAGAGGUGCUAAAGCAAGUGCAAGAAACUGGUCUUUUUAAACACGUUGUGGCAUUUAUAUCUUCAGUAAAUUCUUGUUGCAGAAACAUGCCAUCUUUAAGUCAUAAAGACAAUCUGCCUGUUGUUGCUGCUAGUGUGUGUUGCCAAGGGGCAGAAAUUUUAUCAGGAAAGUUUGGUUCCUCAGAAAGGUUUUGUUGCCGGGAAACCUGUGUGAGAUGCUUGAAGACAGAUGAUGGUAAGCCCAUUACUGUGGUGUCAGCAACAGUUGUAGAUGGUAGCAGUCAGCAAGGGGUUGAUGUGCUGGUUCCUUCAUCCCAAAUGGGAUAUGAUUGUAGUUGUGGCCCAAGUAAUUGCAUUGGGAUGUACCCAGCUGGAAAUGAUAUUUUAACUGUUCUCUUGCUUGCCUUGCCUACAGAAACAUGGUCUGGUAUGAAGGAUGAGAAGCUUUCACAAGAAAUUCAUAACCUUGUUUCACUAGAAAAUCUUCCUACUUUACUUCAAGAAGAGGUUUUGCAUCUGCGGGGACAGCUCCGCCUUCUCAAGAGACGCCAAGAGAAUAAGGUUUUACUGGAGGAAGCAAACCAUGUAUCCCCAGGAUCGAAAUGUCUUUAUGAAGGAGCAAAAAGUGUUUUCCGGAGAUCAAAACCAAACCCUCACUAUGAUGGGUUGAGAGGUAUCCUUCAGGGAUCAAAAUCUCGCGGUGCAGAGGAAAGAGUUGUAUUCCGUAGAUUAAAAUGUUCAAAAUGGAGUCUGAGUAAUAGGCCGAAUUUUUGGUCAUAUACUAAUUUAUGUUAGACAAUUACACGCAAACUCAAACUGUGAUUUGGGUCUUUUCUUGGCCUGGAUUUUCAAAAGCGAAAGGAGUUAAAUUCACUUUUACA